UCGAGAGAAGAUAGUUCUUUAAGAUUGAUCCUACGCCCUGAGCAGACAGCCUCUCGCACUCCCCUCGCGCUCUCUCACAGGCUCGCUGCUGCUUUGAUCUUCCCUUAACAACAGUCACGUCAUAGGGGAGUUUUGUCAAGCGGAGCUGCAGCGAGAGUUUUAGAGGGUUCAGCAGAGGCAGCAAAGCAUCCACGGGACCAGUGUCCGACACGAGAUCCAGCUUUCUUACUUUUUGUCAACCUCGGGCACCACUGAAGACAUGGAACACCAGUUGUUUUGCUGUGAAGUGGAUACCAUUAGAAGAGCUUACCAAGAUAGCAACCUGUUGAAUGACCGAGUUUUACAGACAAUGCUCAAAGCAGAGGAAAACUAUCUUCCGUCACCAAAUUAUUUCAAGUGUGUUCAGAAAGAAAUUGUGCCUAAAAUGAGGAAAAUCGUCGCCACAUGGAUGCUCGAGGUCUGUGAAGAACAGAAAUGCGAAGAGGAAGUUUUUCCGUUGGCUAUGAACUACCUGGACAGAUUUUUAUCUGUGGAGCCCACCAAAAAGACCAGGCUACAGCUGUUAGGAGCAACUUGUAUGUUUUUGGCCUCUAAGAUGAAAGAGACUGUGCCACUAACAGCAGAGAAGCUGUGCAUAUACACGGACAACUCCGUCCGUCCCAGCGAAUUAUUGCAAAUGGAACUGCUGGCGUUAAAUAAACUGAAGUGGGAUCUGGCCUCAGUGACACCACAUGAUUUCAUCGAACACUUCCUCGCCAAACUGCCUAUACAUCAGAGCUCCAAGCAGAUACUGCGCAAGCACGCCCAGACGUUUGUGGCCCUCUGUGCAACAGACGUCAACUUCAUCGCAAGCCCUCCAUCCAUGAUUGCGGCCGGCAGCGUUGCCGCAGCAGUGCAGGGGCUGUACCUGAAAAGUAGCGACAGCUGCCUCUCGUCCCAGAACCUCACCAACUUCCUCUCACAAGUCAUCAGAAGUGACCCUGACUGUCUGCGGUCAUGUCAGGAACAGAUCGAGUCCCUGCUGGAAUCUAGUCUCAGACAAGCUCAGCAGCACAACAUCUCCACAGAGACCAAAAGAGUGGAGGAGGACGUGGACCUCUCUUGCACUCCCACAGACGUCAGAGACAUUAAUAUCUGAACGGAUCGCUAUUCAUCUUGUGUGCGAUGAAUCUCUUCGUCUUUCUGUUGGGUAUGGGCUUUAGCCAAAGGCUUCAUGGGACAAAUGGAAAACGGGCUCCCACCUGCACCCCACCAUCCGACCAAUACCUCGACAACUUGCCCCUCAGCGCACCCUAACUGUUGACCGCUGAGCGGCAUUCCCUGUGGUUUUGACGAUUGGGCUAUCGCUGGCCAGGACCCCCAGUGGAGGACAGGGAAUGAAUGGAAAUCUCAAUCCUGUCCUUUGGCCCCCCUCUACGUCCUAAGUCAAAAAUAUAACAAGCGAAAAAUGGUCUAGGCUAUCUAGGAUUUUAAAAUUGUACAAAGGACAACAGAGUAGUUGUGACUUGGCCCGACGCGUCGCGAAAAAGACAACGCUGGGUAUUUUUAUUUUGGGUGUGUCGAAACUAUUUUUGAAAGAGAAGAGACAUUAUGUGUAUGUUCGAUUUCUUUCUCUCAUAGAUAGUACCUUGUUACACUUGCUAUGAGCGCUCCCUGCUUUUUCUGCAGUCUAGCCAUGUAAAUAUAUCCCCGCUUGCUAUGCCUUUAGUCACUUUAUUAUAAUUCCUAGACAGAUUCCCUAACAAGAUUCUCUUCUCUUCCAAAAUGGUUUAUGUAACCUUAGUAUAUUUUUUACGCAUGUAUUUUUGUUAUGAUCUAGAAGGCUGUGGAUUGCCAGGGACUGAGGUUCUAACUUGAGGCCAGACGGAAACAUUUCUUCGAAUCGUUGCCUUCACUGCCAUUAACGUAAAUCGUCGUCACUGCCAUGACACAAUAAGCUUAUGUUGUACCUGCUCCCCGGCUAAGCUCGCAGUGCAGUCCACAGUCUGCUUUUUGUGUAGAUUCAUGUAUUAUCUAAAACCAUUCCAUUUAAAAAAGAAAAAAAGCACUUUCAGUCCGUCGUUUAAGGCUGACUUUUAGACUAAAAAGAGAGAAAGAAAUCCACAGUUGUUAAAACAAUGGGGGGAAGACAUGGAAUGGAGGAAGGGUUGACGGAGCAGGUCUCUUUAUCUAUGGUGAUAAUGGUCUGUUAGAGAGAAAGGAGAAGAGGGGGACAUUGAGAGGAUAUUUGCUCUUGUAGCUCCUGCCAGAACAGACGGAUGCCUGGGAAAGCUUAAGGCGCGAUCCCGCAGAACGCACGUAGAGCGCUAGAAACACUACGACGUCAAAGCAAAGAUUAAGAACUAUUUAUUUUUUUCAGUUCCCCUCUCAAGGCCAGUAUGCACGAACGCCCAAGUGUACCUAUGUCUGAAGUAUGUAUAAUGACCCGCUAGUUGCUAACUCGUGACACCAUAGUUAAAGUAUUUUUUCCGAGUUGAUGUACUCUGGUCUAGUUAUUGUUAAAACAAAAGUUGUGGCUUCAAGUAGAUUUUGCACAAACCCAGAGAUGUCAGCUUGUCUUGUGGAUCUCUGGAAGGGGAGGAGGAAGAUGAGGAGGAGAGAUGUUAGAGAUGGCAGAGGGAGGCAAAAAAGGGUGAUGGCUGGACAUCAAAGAGUUAAAGCAGAACUGAGACGUUUGUACCGUGAGGAAUAAAUUAAGAGGAGAACCUGGGAGAAGACACUCCUCAUAUUUAGCUGCUAUGGAGGGAUUUCCAGCAAGUAUGAAACUUUCAAAUGGAAAACAACAAAAAAGAAAAAGACAUGCUUCUUUCUCUUGUCUUGUUUUGCUGCUAUUUUUGGUUUUGUUUAUAUGAAAUGUCAAUACAAUGCCAUGUAAUAGGUUUUAAUUUUCUCAUAGAAAAUUAUGAUAUUAUUGACAACUUUGGUUUUUUUGGUAGUUUUUUUUUUUUUUUUUUUUUUUUUUUAAUGUGAUCAAUUUUUGUUAAUGUGAUUUCUACGCUAUGCUAUUCCCAAAACAAAGAAACAAACAAAAAAAGACAAAAAAACAAAAAACAACAAAAAAGCAGAUGAAAAAAUAGUCAAAUGUUCCUGUUAUACCCACAAUACCUCAAACUACAGUCGUGAUUUAGCAUUGAUUUAGUCUGGGAUUUUUCUUUAGUGCUAUUUUAUGUUAUGUUAUUUUAUUUUAUUUUAUUUUAUUUUAUUUUAUUUUAUUUUAUUGUUUUUCGGUUUAUACCGUGCCUGUUAGUCCUGUUGUAAAAUGCAAAUGAACAUGUUAAUCAUCAUCCUACUGGGUCCUGAUGCGAGCGAGUAGAAAGCACAUUGAAUGGAAUUGGUGCCAUAAACUCUUUUGAGUUUUUUUAGCUGUUUCAUUAAAGGAGACUAUAUACCCACUUAAGCCUCUUCUAGCCCAUCUUGAUGAGUUUAUAAGGCUUUUAUUUGAAAAAUGACACAGUUUGUGACUGCCAUGUGUACUUACAAAGCCAUAGUUUUGUCUUGUAGUAAUUUAACACGGUGCAGAUUUUCAUGUAUGAGUGGCUGCCUGUCUUGUUCUGAGUACAAGAGACCUGGCAUGUCCACAUCAAGUCGUUGUCUUAAUAAAUGCGACGCAGCUACAAUCAGCAGUGAUGUCUCCCUUCAUCUUUUUUUUUUUUUUUUUGUGCAUAAACCCAUCAAAUUUGUAUCCUUGUAAGGAUCCAUAUUUUCAGUACUCAUGGGAUUCUUUACUUAUUUGUUUGUUGGUUGGUUAGGUUCACUCCCUUUAGUCUUUGACAUGGUGCUGCUAUAUGUUUGCAUUGAGUCUAGAAAUGAUUUGCUGAAAGAGAUGCGGCGAUAAGCUAGGAAAGACGGGAGAGGUGAUCCAGGACCCAGGGGACACAGAUAUAUUAUCCUCUGUAGUAUCAGGAAUCUAUUUUACCUCAAGGUGGAAACGGAAAUUCAACCGAAUGAUGAAAACUAGCAUGUAUACCGGUGCGAUUCACAAACACACACCAAGAGACUGUCAUGCAAUCGAGGAAAAGAGACUGCAGAGGUCCUGAGCUUUUCUCUUGAAUGUGUUUAGGGGAAACUGAGAAAUGACUGACUGCAUCCCAUCUACACACGAUAAAAGCUUGGCCUUAUGUCUCAAUUCUGUUGUAAACAAACCUGUAGUGUCUUUUAGUUCAAUAUGACAUUCAUUCCCAAGGAUCAAAAUGUGUUGAUCCUGAAAUACAAUGUCAUGGUUUGAUUUUUGUUUUUUAUUGUUCACAAACCGGUCACUGGUCUGAAAUGCACAAUCUUGCUGACCCAUCUUAGACAUGAGGUUAACUAGAAUAAAACUUGAGCUUCAAAAACCA